AUGGGAGCAUAUAAGUACCUUGAGGAGCUCUUUAAGAAAAAACAGUCAGAUCUUCUGCGUUUUAUGCUGCGUGUGCGAUGCUGGCAAUUUCGCCAACUCAAUGCUAUCCAUAGAGCAUCUCGACCCACACGCCCUGACAAAGCACGUCGCUUAGGAUACAAAGCUAAGCAAGGAUAUGUUAUUUACCGCGUUCGUGUGAGGCGUGGUGGACGCAAGCGUCCAGUACCCAAGGGUGCCACUUUUGGUAAACCCACCAACCAAGGUGUGAACCAACUGAAGUUUCAGAGAAGCUUGAGAUCUGUCGCUGAGGUAGGCAAAUUUUGCAUAUUAAUUUUGUUCUCAGCACUAUAAUACUCAAGGCUGUGCUUUAGCAGCGCCCAGUGGCCCAUGCUCCUAGUAAUUAUUGUUCUUGGGUGACUAGCAUAGCAAUCAUAAGCUGCUCUGGAUUUCACCAGUUCAGAGCACUGGCCUCCCUUCAAUUUUUUUAGAGCACAUCCUUGAUACUGUCUCAUAAAUCACUCUUUUAACCCUUUCGUGUGCAAGUUCCUGGGAAGGAAAAGGCCGCUAAAAAUACUACCAACAAAAAAUUUAUUUCUUGGCAUCAAUCUUGAUAGUAUGAUGGCAAAAACUGACCUAGACUGUUUCGGGAUACAUUAAAUUGAAGCUAGCCCGCAUUGGGUAACAGAAAACCAAAUAUCCUAUUUUUGAGAAUUUUUUAAAAAUAAAAACUUGACAAAAAUGUGUCUCAAAAUAGUUGCCUAUAAAGUUUAUCACCGCAUGAUUACUCCACACAGCAACAUAUAUCAAAGCCAGUGAGAAAAAUCGAUCCAAUGUCACACAAGCUUUAUUUUGAAACCAAGAAAGCAAAAUAAACGGUGUUAAAACUACGAAAGAAUGGCUAAAAUCUUUGACUGGUCGAUACAAAAUGGCGCUAUUUGCAUAUGUUUCUUUGUAAAAUAACAAAUUUUGCUUCGAGUUACCUUUCAAGCCUAUAAAUCCAGCACCUUUCCUCGACAGCACCACACACUUAAAAGUUCAACUGUUUGAAUCUUAAGCUUCGUAGUUCGCUGAAGAACUCAUCGAAAAACAUGACCAUUACCGCGAAAAAUCCCCAAAAAUAUAACCGAAGCUGAAAGAUCUUUGUCUUCUGUUGCCAUUAUUUGAGUUCACGUGCCGCUGAGGUCGAUAAAAUAUCGAAAAUUUGACCAAAAUUGAUCAUACAGACACAAAAUGUCGCCCAUGUUGUUCACUUUCUUGAUCAAGUCACCACAGGCUACCCAAGACUCAUGCAAAUGUACGCUGACCAUUUUUCUGCAGACCCCUUCCGAUCGUACGAAUUCGUACGAUUGCGCACGAAAGGGUUAACCCAGUUAUAUCUGAGCCAUAUAUAACCCCCUGUGUGGAUCCAUGUAUGUUGUACUACCUAUGACAUCACCAGGGUAUUGUGUAGGGAAAAGGGAUUUUUCAACCCGUAUCCAGAUCAGCAUGAUUCAGUCAACAGGCCAUACAAAAAUGCUAAAAUGCAAGUCGACACAAAAAUUCCACUGAAAAUCUUGUGACCCUUGAAGUUUUCCCAAAAAACUUUUCCCACCAAAAUAAAACCUAGUACUGCACCUUUGAGAAGUGUAAUGUCAUCCAUGUCUAAUACUCUUCACAAAACUUCAGUUGUCAAAUCUAGAGUCCAGUGGAGUUUUUGGAAGCUUGGACAGUCUUUCUUUUUGGCCAGAUGGUGACCAGAAUUUGGCUUGACUAGCCCCAAACGAUUUUUUAAGGAAAAUUUCUAGGGGUUGAAUAAGGCUGCAAAUUAUUUUUUUAAUAAGCAGGUAAUUUGUCAGGUCAGAGACCAGAGUUGACUUUAGGAGAGGAGAAGAUAGAUAGAUAGUUUAUUCACCUUAAAAACUUAUGUCAGCUCAGAGCAGAGCUUCAGAUAACUUACAAAUUUAUCACUUGCCAUUUUUCUCUUAGUAUUUGGCAAGAACAGUUUGAGCGGGAAAUGACUUCAUCGAUAUCCUCAACAGUGAGGAUAUGAAAAAUAAUACGCUACUCGAGUCCCGGAUGUAGUUUCAUAUGAACUAAUUUUAUGAGGGUAUAUUUUGUACUCUCUUGUCUAUAUAAUAAACACAUAAUGAAUACAGUUUCAUUUUAGCAAGAGGGAGCUUUACCAGGAAAUUAUAACUUUUUAUCUUGAUACAUGUAUGUGUCAUAAAUUUAUACCUAUAUGAAGCUGGUCUUUUGAAAACUUUACUGCUAAAAUAGACCUCUUCUGUCUUGUCUCCAAAGUAGCAAAAAUUAAUAUAAAAACUUAAGGUGCAACCAUUGCUUUUUCCUCUUCUCCUUUCUUUCCUUUUGGUCUCACUAAUUUUUGUUUCCUUUUCCUUGGUAAGUGUGAUUUUCGGGCCUUUCAGAUGCAAAAAGACUAACUAGCCAUUUGGCCUUUUUUUUCUUAAAUGGCUGCAAAUCUUGAUAGGUUUGUUUUCAAAAAUCCAGGUAGAUCCAUAUUCAUAUACAGUUGUACUCACCAAUACAGAUGGGCUUAUUAUUCAUUUUAUGUUUUGUAAAAGUUGGUGUGCUAUCUGAAAAUGAUUUUGCCGAUGUAGAUGUAAAUGUAAACAUGGUCUUAUCCAUAAGUAGUCAGCAAACUGUUGUGUAUAUUCACUGAUUUGCGUUACACUUGUGGUAAAGUAAUCAAGUUGUAACUCUUGCUUCUGAGAUCCUUGUCUUAAGGUUCUUGAAUGCAUCUGAGUGCUGCUUGUUUCUUUCUUCCUUACUGCAAAUGCAUGUGUUCUCUCUGUUCACAUGCUUUGAGAAGAAAGAUAACAUGAGCAUUAACAGUCUUUGCAAAGGCUAACCUUUAAUAUGAAGUUAAUCCAUUCACCCCUGGGAAUUUUACCAAAAAAAUGCAUCUUAAAGCUAGUCGGGCCAUCUGGCUAUUAAGAGCUAAACGUACCAAAGUACUGAUUCCAGGUUAUGCACUUCACCUUCUGUUCCAGAUCCAAAAUAUCAGCUUCCAAUUUCCAGUCAUGCACCAAAAGCAACAAUGUAGUUUUUGGGUUUAAAAGUGACACAGCAGUCUUGACUUUUUCCAUUCUCUUUCCCUUCUUAAAAUCGAAAUCCUUUGCUGAUGAAAUAAAUAUAGGAAUAGUUUUGAUUUUUGAAUUCAGCACGACUUCAUCACUAUUUCAUUGUGGCCAUAUGUGAGCAAAUUUUUAGAGAGGGGUUUGAUACCUCCUGACUUUUGUUAUCAGAGAAGCUGAUAACAGGAAGAAAAUAGUGUUGAAUAAAAUCCAAUGAAAUUUUCUUUCCUUCAGGAGCGUGCUGGUCGUUACUGUGGCAGCUUGCGGGUGCUCAACUCGUACUGGGUCGCCCACGAUUCCACAUACAAGUACUUUGAAGUUAUAAUGGUAGAUCCCUUCCACAAAGCUGUCCGCCGUGACCCCAGAAUCAACUGGAUCUGCAAACCAGUCCAUAAGCACCGUGAGCUGCGUGGCUUGACUGCCGCUGGCCGUAAAAACCGUGGAAUGCGCAAGGGUCAUAGAUUCAACAAGGUGAUUGGCAGCUCCCGUCGCGGUUCCUGGAAGAGGCGUAAUACGCUGUCUCUCCGUAGAUACCGUUGA